CUCCUGUGGGCCUAACUUUCUUUUCCAGUUUUGUACGAAGGCUGUGCAUCUUAAAUUGGUCGAGUCCAAAAACGACUCAUCCACACAGUCAUCAAGCAACAAUCUGCUAAAAUCUACCAAGUAAAAUGCCUCCAAAAUUCGAUCCAAGUGCAGUCGUUGUCGUCUACCUCAGGGUAGUUGGUGGGGAAGUGGGUGCCACAUCAUCUCUCGCCCCCAAGAUUGGUCCACUUGGUUUGUCACCAAAGAAAGUUGGUGAUGAUAUUGCAAAAGCAACAACUGCAUGGAAGGGACUGAAAAUCACUGUGCAGCUUACCAUUCAAAACAGACAAGCAACUAUCAGCGUGGUACCCAGUGCUGCAUCGUUGAUCAUCAAGGCAUUGAAAGAGCCACCAAGAGACAGGAAGAAGGUCAAGCAUGUUAAACACGAUGGCAAUAUUUCAAUGGAUGAUUUAUACAGCAUUGCAAGAGAAAUGAGGCAAAGAUCUAUUGCACGUAAAUUCUCAGGAACUGUGAAGGAAGUUCUUGGCACCGCACAGUCUGUUGGUUGCACUGUGGAUGGAAAAGCUCCACAUGAUUUGAUUGACAUGAUCAACAAUGGCAAAUUAGAAGUUCCAGACGAGUAAAGACAAUUGUAUGCAAUGUUAUAAAAUGAAAUGGUGGGACAUUA